AUGAGAAAAGCGAGAGAGGCGAGCGAGAUGAGAGACGAGAAGGACGAGAGGGAUGUGAGAGAGACCAGUGGUAAGAGAGAGCUCAGAGACCCAGACACACCCUCAGUAAAGCUGCAGAGAGUGGUGCGUGUUCUUCUGGUUCUGACGGCGGAGACUGUGGUGACAUGUGACAUCACCUCAGGAGCCGAGUGCAGCCGCAGUAAUCGUCUCUGA